AUGAUAAGUAUCCUUGCUGUUCCUUUAUUUAAUAGUUCGUUCCUGCCCACCGUCAUGAGUGACGUGAUUCCCCUCUUUCUGUUUGCUGUUUUGUUGCCCACACGCGGUGCCGGCCUCAUUGCUGUGCGUCCCACGGAAUGCACGAAGGGAGGAGUGGAGGAGCAGGCCGGAUGCCGCAUGAAAUGUGAGGGAUGUUGUGUGGGCUGGCGGAACAAUAACGUGGUUUUCUUUUUUCUUUUUAUUGCUGCAGGCAUUAUGAACAUACAGAAGCACAUGGUCGUUUUUAGCUGCUUGGCACAUGAAGUAAAAGUCCUGCCGAAAGAAUUUUAUUUAUUUAUUUAUUUUGGGAGUCCCGCUGGAAUCUAA